AACAACGACGACGACAACAACGACGACGACAUCAACACCAACACCAACAUCAACAACACCGAGCAAUCUCAAAAGCAAUUCCCGCAUCUAAACUACCUACCACGACCGCCAAACCCACCGCCCACCACAAAACAAGCAUGAGCGAAGCAGCGCACGUCCCCAAAACCAGAGACGCGCUGCACGUCGACGCGGCGGCCAUAACGGCGCUAGAACCGUACCUGCCACCAGCAGCACCCACGUCUAGCUCCAACGCAUCCACGCCCACGAAACCAUACACGACGCUCACGUUCGCCACGUCGCUCGACAGCGCACUCGCGCUCGCUCCCGGCACGCAGACGCUGCUCUCGGGCCCUGCGUCGAAAGCAAUGACGCACCACCUGCGCUCGCGCCACGCGGCCAUUCUCGUUGGAGCCGGGACCGCGCGCGUCGAUGACCCGAGUCUGAAUUGUCGUGCUGAAGGUGUUGGGGGCUAUGGUGGGGAGGGCUUGGACGGGCAGCCGAGACCGGUGGUCGUGGAUCCGAGUGCGGGGUGGGAUUUUGGUGAUGAUGGUGAUGGUGAUGGUGAGGGAAAGGGGAAGAUUGCAAAGGUGUUGAAGUUGGCGUUGGAUGGCCGUGGUCGCGCGCCCUGGGUUGUCGUGCGUGAAGGGACGGCUGUCCCGCCAAAGCGGCGCGCGCUGCUUGAGCGGUGUGGAGGGCGCUACUUUGCGCUCCCGACAGAGAAUAACGAGCCAGGUGGGCGCAUUGCGUGGAAGGCGAUAUUAGCUCUGCUAGCGCGUGAGGGGAUUAGUAGUGUAAUGGUGGAGGGCGGGGCGGGAGUUAUUAAUGCGUUGCUAGAGCCAAGCAACGCGGGCCUGGUGGAUGCCGUGGUCGUGACGCUGGCGCCGACAUGGUUGGGUGAGGGUGCAGUAACCGUGGCGCCUGGAAUUAGAAGGGAUGAGGGUGGUGGAAGGAUUCCAGUUGCGCGGUUGAGGGAUGUGCAGUGGUGUCCGUUGGGGGAGGAUGUGGUACUUUGUGGUAGGAUGCGGUAAGGCUGAGGCUUGCAUCUUAUUGUCUGUGUCUAUGGUACAGUAGCAUGCUAGAUGCUCGGAUAUCAGGUCAUCCGGUACGAGAGCCUAGGGUGUCGGCUUCGAAAUGGGCGGAAAGCAAUCCUGACAGCCACAAGUGAAGCUGUCAUCGCAGCCUUGCUUCUCGCGGCCCAUGAUGCGCGCCACGACUUUCUCCGCCUUAGCCCUAAUAUUGGUACAGACGCCCGCC